AUGUAUUGUUUCAUUGGGUCAGUAAUAUUUGCUUUUAAAGUUUUAGUGCUGUGCCUAGAAAAGAAAUCUACCACCCAGAUCACUGACUGUACACUUUUGAAAGAACAAUGUAAAAAUGGCACAAAUGGAUGUGACCUUGUUUGGGCAGUCCUUGAAGAUGUCUGUAAUGUUUCAGGUAAUGACUGCAAGAUGAAAGAUUCAUUAAGCUGCAACUUAAGCAUCCAGUCCCUGGAGGAUCUAUAUCCCAAAUUUAAAAAUUGCCUCUGUACUGAAGAUAUUUACUGUAGUGUUAACAAGUUGCUUGGGAAACAAUGUUCCAGUAAAACAGAUAAUGUUAAACUGAUUAAAUUGCAAUGGGAUAAAACUACUCUUCCUCACUAUGGAUUCCAAGGGAUCUGGUCCUGUUUGGAAGCAGCACAGAUUUGUGUUGGAGAUGUAACAUGUAACAAACAGUUGGCUCUGUACAUUAAGGCUUGUUCAGCAACUGGAAGACCAUGCAAUCUGACACAGUGCCAAGCAGCCAUGCGCUUCUUCUAUCAAAACAUGCCUUUUAACAUUGGCCAGAUGUUGGCUUUGUGUGACUGUGCUCCAGCCGAUAUACCUUGUCAGAAGUCCAAAGAUGUUCUUCAUAACAACUCGUGUGCUGGGAAUGUAGUUCCACCCCCAUCAUGCCUUGAUAUAAUUCACAGCUGCCAAGAUGAUGAAAUAUGCAGAAGCCACUAUGAAACAUUUCAGUCAAAAUGCUGGCGUCAUGUCACUGAAAAAUGCUAUUUUGAUGAGACUUGCAUUAAUACCUUCAAUAAGGAAGAUAUAACUUGCUCAGCAGAUGAUACAUGCAAAGCUGCUUAUAUUGGCACUCUGGGGACCAUCCUUCAUGUCCAAUGCAGCUGUAGCUCCAUUCCAUUCACUGAACAGCCAUUAUGUGAGAUUUUUUAUCACAUGCUUCAGAGCAGAUCCUGCUUCAGUAAGACAUCUAUGUCUACAGUUAAAAGUAUUCCCUUGUAUGAAGAAACAUCUGCAAAAGAAAUCACAUUAACUAGAUUUCACUCCCUUUUCAAUGGUGAAGCUAUUUACACUAUUGCAUGCCUAGUACUAGCCUUUGGAAUAAUUCUGGUGGCUCUACUCAAGACCAGAACCUGCAGAAAAUCAAGUCCGACACGAAAUCCUUCACCAGUCCAAAUCUCUGAAGGUCUUAUGGUACAUUAAAAGUCAUGGAUCAUUAACAAUCACUUCUUUAAAGCUUUUUUUUGUAGCCAGUCAGUAAAACAUAUGUGAUUAAUAAGGGGGUUGUUAUUAAGAUGAAUUUCUUAUGAGAUUGAAUUUUAAGGAAUAUGAAAUCAAGCAUAUUAAUUUUAAAUUUAGUUUCAUUUAGAAAUAUGUGAACAUGGAAAUACUACACACUGAGACUUAUUUUUAUUAUUGGUAUCAGGGUUACAAUACCAAACUCUUGAUGCUGUGUUUCAAGAGAAACCUAUACAUGAAUCUAUAUAUUAAUGUGAAUUAUUAUUGAAUGAUCUUAUUGAAAUGGUCUUACAGUUACAUUCACUAUCUUAAUCUAAUAAUUAUAGAUAACCUAAUAAACUGGUAAAAUCACAAUUGAGAAAAAAUAAUUUUCCUUUCAUUCUCUGUUUUGGUAUUUUAAAAUAAUUUCUAACAGCUGAUAAGACAAUAAGUUAUCUUUGUAUUGACCUUGACUUCCUAGGUAUUUAUAUAUAAUGUUUAAGAUUUAGUAAUGUAAUGAAAUAUAUUCAUGCAACUUAUACACAGUAGUUAAAUAUUGUCUGCAAAGAUUUCAAUAGCAAUGCAUUUUGUUUGUGAUAUUCCUUUAUUCAACUUUGUCAUUCUUUAUGAAUUUCUUGACAGUAACAAUAUGAAUUUAUUAAGUAUAUUGAAACAAUUGCUUAACUGAAAAAUGAGGAAAUACUAUUAGAUAAAUAUCCCACAAGAGUUCAGACAGAAAGAUUAAAUUUUAGCAACACAUUUACAGCAGCACUUUUUUUGUGGCAGAAUUAAAAAAAAAAAAACUAAUGUAAGAAAUGACUCAUAUAAAGGAAUUUUAUUAUUCUUUUGCAAGGCACAAUAAAUAUGAAGAAUUCAGAGAAACUUGAGAAGAUUCAUGUGAAUCGUGCAAAGUAAAGAAAGAAUCAAGCAAACUGCACAAUGAUCACAAAAAUGAAAGGAAAUCAAUGUUAAAAGGCAGCUGUUUCAUGCUUAUUAAUGAAAAUUCUCAAUUCCAGAAGAAAUUUGAUGAAACAUGAUUCUUUCCUCUAUACAAAGAGGUGAUGGACUCUGAUUGUAGAAUACUACAUAUCCUGUAACUCAUAGUUGAUUUUGUUUGUUCUUUGGUUAACUUAUUUUUGUCAUUGUAUGGGAAAGUUCUAUUGAGCUUUACUAAGAAACAACAAAUAUAAAAAAGAAAAUUAAAAAUCAAAGAGAAAAAACAGUGAGACAUGGUUUUAUUUAGCCAUUUUAAAUAAAGCUAUACUUUCAAGCUGUUCUCAAUAAUCUAUUAAUUAUGUUUAAAAGUUUUGUAUAUAAGUUAUGUAUGC